AUGGAUACAAAAAAAAAUGACAAGUGGGAAGCUCUAGCUACCGUAAAAUCCUUUGACCUAGGUGUAGCACGCACGAGCCAACAUGAAUCAGUCUUACAACAGAGCAUACAUCAGAUUGAAGUGAUCAAUUCUAAUGCCACCACACCUAUUAGCCUUCUUAUCCAGUCUCUUGUGAAACAGCUAUGUGCACUGCUAGAAAAAGAUAUUAGUAGGGCAAAUCAACUCUAUAACACAAUUUGUGAAAAAUUGCACAGUAUGAACUUGAUAGAUGACUCAUAUGCUAUGGGAGAGUUUGAAGUAAUGAGGAGUCAGUACCAACGAGCACUGUACCAACUUGUCACAGUUGCUAGUGGAACUGAAAUCCCAAUCACUAUGCCAGUAUCUUGGCCAAUAACUAAGUCGGGACUGGAGUGGUCAAGAUACCACCGGGAGUUUGAGGAGCUAUACUUCAUAGCUGGCGGUGGUUUCGGUAAUGUGUUCAAAGCUCGACAUAGACUAGAUGGAGUGGAAUAUGCUGUUAAGAAAGUCAACAUUAAGUCCUCUAAUGUGAACUCUAUCAUGACGCAUUUAGCUGAAGUGAAAACUAUAGCAAGUCUCAAUCAUCCCAACAUAGUCAAUUAUAAAGCUGCAUGGCUUGAACCAAUGAUAGAGUCUAAAGUUAAGAAGAAGAGAAAAUUCAACAUGGAUACAGAUGAAGAUGGUAUCACAAUAAAUAGCAAUGUUUCCUCAGUUUACCCUAAUAUAAUGAAAUCCUUCAAAACAUACAAUUCAAAGGACCUCAACAAAAAACAAAGCCAGUCUGACUUUGAUAUAUCAUUCCAUAACUCCAAUAGCGUAGACAAUGAUAUAAGUACUGAUGAGAUUAAUUCAGAGAGUGAAGAAGAUGAUUCGUCGAGUGACCAAAAUGCUGUUUGUAAACUUUUAUCUGGACAAGAAUAUGAAGAUUGCUCCCGAGUUAACCUCAAAUGGGCUACACUGUACAUUCAAAUGACUUACUGCCAGCAAACACUGAAGCAAUGGUUGGAUGAGCGCAAUAAAUACAUUGCUUCGUCUAGAAAGGGUUCUGAUGACUUCACACUUCAUCAUAGUGAUUCUACGGAUUCUAAUUGCCUGGAAACUGCAUUUUCUGAUACAAAUUGCCCUCCAGUAUUUUCAUUGUGUGUUCUAGUAGAUAUGUUCACUCAGUUAGUGCGUGGUCUUCAUUACAUACAUUCUAGAGGUGUGAUUCAUCAUGAUGUGAAGCCAAGCAAUGUGUUUGUAGGACCAAGUGGGAAUGAGUUACUAGUUCAGUUGGGUGAUUUCGGCUUGGCUUGUCCAUUACAGCAGUCCCACAGUGGCUUAGCACUUGGGACACAAUUGUAUGCUGCACCGGAGCAACUGGAUGGUCAGUGUAACCCUAAGAGCGACAUGUAUUCCCUUGGAAUUAUACUUCUUGAGAUGGUGGAACCCUUCAGCACCGAUAUGGAGCGUGUAAAAACAAUAACGGACCUACGGAAAGGCCAGAUCCCCGCACAUCUUACUGCAAAUUUUCCCAAAAUAGCCCACAUUAUAGGUAAAUUGGUACAAAGAAGGCCUAGCAAAAGAUUGGAUACGGCACAGCUGUUGGAAGAACUCAAAACAUUAACAGAAAACAAGGAUGAUACAAUUAGAUUGUUAAAGGAAGAGUUAGCGGCAAAAGAUGAUGAAAUAGCCAAAUUGAAAAUGAUGCUGGCUAAAAGUAAUUGCCGUCCC